GUGUGUAUUCCAAAAUAAACUUGUCAGUCUAGUCACCAUUCACAGUCAGAGAAGAGAGGCUUCCCUCCACAGUCAAAGCAGACACACAAAAAAUGAAGCAAGAGAUGACAGGAGCACAUUUUUGGACUUGCUUAUUAUUGAUGUGGAUUCUGGAUGACACAAAUGGGAAAACUCCAGAUGUUGAAAUAACCUGCAUGUUCUCAGAAGACUGUGUCCUUCCCUGCCACUUUGAACCAGUUGGAGAUGAGAUCAUAUACUGGUACCGACAGAAUGUUCAAAUCCACAGUUAUAAACAAGGAAGUGGCCUGAUUGAUCAGCCAGACCAAAUCUACAAAGACAGAACAUCACUAUUCACUGACUUGACUUCCAUUGGUAAUGCUUCUCUUCAUGUGCCGAAGUGCGGGCCAAAAGAUAGAGGGAAGUACAAGUGCCUUGUCACCAGCGGUAAUGAGAAGAGUGAGCACUUCUUCAUAGUCAAAGUUGAAGCCACUAUCAAGUCUGUUACCCUUGAAACGACACGUCUCAGUGGUUACGAGGAAGUUAAAUGCUCAACGCGAGACGUCUAUCCUGCUCCCCGUGUAACCUUGUUCACUGAGCCAGACAUUCUGCCAGAAACCCUCCAACCUUCCACCCGCAAAGUGGCUGACACACAGGGCCUGUACUCAGUUGAAAGUAAGCUCAGGAAGUUGAAAGACCGAGAUGAUCUGACCUACAUCUGCCUUGUCCAAUCAUUCUACAGGACUCAGAUAUGGAGGUCGUCGCUGCAGGAGAAAGGUUUUAUCUCACAGAAAAUAUACAGUGUUGAGGGUCAGGACCUUAUCAUCCCUUGCGAGGCCCCAUGGAACAUGCAGAACUUCACACUGACUUGGUCCUUCAUCAAAGAACACAAGUCCUCAACCAUCUUCACCUAUGAUAGUUUCACACAGCUGAGCUCCAGUGUGUGGGAGGAAAAGUUGCAACUAUCAUCCCACAGUGAUGGGGACGGUUCACUACAGCUACGCAGCCCACUGAGACUGGAAAACACCGGCACAUACAACUGCAUCCUGUCUGCUUUCCAGACCAAACAUGAAGUCCGUACAAAGCUCAACAUCACUCCAAUGACUGAGGGCUGGAAGUCGUCACAGGCAUACUGCACUGGCAAAGACGCUGCGUGGGAGGAUCGAGGGGAUCGUGGGGCUUGCGCCAAUGCAAGAUCUUCCUCGGUUUCUUCCAGCUCUACCUCGAAGAACGUCCUGAUGCAUCUGCAGGGAAUCCCGUCCGCUGAUGUGUGUCCGUCAAUGGCGAAGAGAGCUUUAAGACUGCCUAAGAGCUUCCCCCAGUGGUGGAUUCUUGCAGCUGUAAUCACAGGUUUUGUAGUCACUGCAGUUGCAGCAGUCAUAGGAUAUGUAAAAUGUAAAGUUUCUUUGCCACAAUCAAGUAAAACCCAUGCAGAGGCUACAGAGAUGCAACCAAGCAUAGUGACUAUUAUAAACCAUGAAGCUCCAUCUGAGGAAAGCUGCUUAACAGAAGAGACAUCCAACAGAAAUACAUGAGAAAACAUGACAGGGGUUAUAACAAUCUGCAGGCCUAAAGCCUACAGUACAGACAAUUCUUGAUGGCUUAAAUUAGAACUCCUUAAGUAGAGUUUACUUUGCAAUACUCUGUUUCAAUACUCAUUUUUUGUACAUGUUAGUCAAACAAAGUACCACUGAAUUAAGCCAUCCUUUUAUAAGUGUACUGGUAUUUUGUCCCUUCCACAGGGAAGCUUAAUGCAUGCUUUGUAGUCUAUUAGACAACAUCACCUUACUUUAAUGGCUAUAGAAAGAAUACACAGAGCUGCACACACAGACACUUGUUGCAUAAAGCACGAUGACAGUAACCAUCAACAGAUUUUUAUUUGUAUUUUAUUUGUAAUCAUAACCAGGUAAUUCUGAGUAGAAAAUUGGCUUCAGAAUUCAAAAACCAAGAAGUUACCAAACAUAACAAUAAAUUGGUGUAAAUCAACUUGCAAACAGUGGAACUAUCAAAGCUCAUCAAUUAUUCAAGCCUGGUGCAUUCUGGCAACACCGGCUUCGAAAAGUUAAAUAACAUUUACUCAAAUUUGGAAAUAAACAUGACAAGGUUUUCCCUUUAAGAUUCAUACAUAAUGACGCAUUGUAAAGAUAACAAACAAUCAUAAAUAACAUUUACUUAUAAGCUAGUUUACGCAUUAAUUUGUACAUGUUUAAAUUGAGCACAAAUGUAGAAUGUAUUUAAUAUUUUCAAGUUCAAUCUUGAACUUAUACAAAGUAGAAAGUACUUUAUCUUUUCUGCUACAUAUACUUCAUCACAAAAUAUUUCUUUUUCAGUGUAAUUUUCAUUCCAAUAAAAAAUUAAAUGUGGCACUACUGUGAAUAAGGUCUAUACUUUGACUGAUCAUGACACAACGACAGGAGGAGUGGUUGUGGCGUAGUGGGCUAAAGCACUAAACCGUUAAGCAGAAGGUUGUUGGUUCAAUCCCCACAGCCACCACCAUUGUGUCCUUGAGCAAGGCACUUAACUGCAGGUUGCUCCGGGGGGAUUGUCCCUGUAAUAAGGGCUCUGUAAGUCACUUUGUAUAAAAGCGUCUGCCAAGUGCAUAAAUGUAAACAACAGCCAUGUGUUGACUUUAUUUUUUAUUAAAUUGCACUUGCAUUAAAAAA